AUGCCAGCCACGCUUGGCCAUGGUCCUGCAGCGGCAUACGCUCCAGUGGAAACUCAGUGCUAUGCCCUCCCUGUCUGCCACAUCUUACGACGCAUGGUCCCAGCCGAGCCCGACAAACCUCCACAGCCUGAAUCUCGCCAGAAAUUCCCUGCCCCUUAUCCUCUUGUAGCGAGAAUAGUCCUAUACACUGCAACUCUUGGCUCGGUCGUUUUAGCUGUGUACUACUCUAGACUCUGGUUCACGGCGUCUGGCCGCGAACAGCAGCCCGUCCAAGCAAUCUUCACAUCAUUACAGGGAACAACCUCGCCUCAGGCAAACAUGUCUGUUCACGGGAAGUACAGUGUUGGCUACUUCGUGAAUUGGGGCAUCUACGGCCGAAAAUACCCACCAUCACUCAUUCCGGUCAAUGACUUAACGCACAUCCUAUAUGCAUUUGCCAACAUCAAGGGAGAUACUGGCGAAGUCUUCCUCUCCGACACUUGGGCCGACCAGGAAAUUCAUUAUCCCGGUGAUAGUUGGAAUGAUCCUGGGGCCAAUCUGUACGGCAAUUUUAAAGCCCUUUACCAGCUUAAGAAGCAGAAUCGCCACUUGAAGGUCAUUCUAUCGAUCGGUGGCUGGACGUACUCUCCCACGUUUCAUCCAAUCGUCGUCAAUUCAACCCUAAGGUCCAAAUUCGUCGCAUCGGCGAUCCGCAUCCUCGAGGACAACGGCUUGGAUGGCUUAGACGUGGACUAUGAAUAUCCACAGAACGAUGAGCAAGCAUCUGGAUACGUGGCAUUACUGAGAGAGUUGCGAAAGGGGCUCGACGCUCAUGCAGACCGGAAGCGCAUUGAUUAUCGGUACCUCCUCACUAUCGCCGCUCCAUGUGGGCCCGACAACUACCGAAGACUCUACGUUGAGGAGAUGGAUCGAUACCUCGAUUUCUGGAACAUGAUGACUUAUGACUUUUCGGGUUCAUGGGAUAAGGUGGCCAACCAUCAAGCAAAUUUAUUCGGCGGACCCAUUAGCGCAUCUCAAGCGAUCAAUUGGUAUAUCGCUCAGGGUGUGCCACGCGACAAGAUUGUUAUGGGGAUCCCUCUAUACGGCCGAAGCUUUAUGAACACUGACGGUCCAGGGAAGCCUUUCCAAGGGAUCGGACCCGGAAGCUGGGAGCAAGGUGUUUAUGAUUAUCGCGCGCUGCCUCCUCCUGGUUCGUACAUGUUCCGAGACGAAGAGGUCGCCGCGAGCUGGUCGUACAAUUAUCAGACGAAGGAGCUCGUCAGUUUCGACUCUGAAGAAGUGGGUAAGUGGAAGGGAGAGUGGAUCGCGCAAGAAGGGCUGGGUGGCAGUAUGUUCUGGGAGCUGAGUGGAGACAAGGGGAGCGUGCGCGACGAUAUGGAAGGUGGUCCAGGCAAAGACCCCCAGCCAGGUGAAAGCCUAGUGGCCAUUGUCAAAGAAGCUAUGGGCGAGCUAGAUCGGAGUCCUAACUGGCUACAAUACGAGGGGAGUCGGUUUGACAAUCUACGCAGCGGCAUCAUUUAG